AUGAGCGGGGCGGGGAAGAAGGUAGCUGAUGUGGCUUUCAAGGCCGGUAGAACCAUUGAUUGGGAAGGCAUGGCCAAGUUGCUGGUCUCCGACGAGGCCCGUAAGGAAUUCGCCACGCUCCGACGAGCCUUCGAUGAAGUGAACACUCAGUUGCAGACCAAGUUCAGCCAGGAACCAGAACCCGUAGACUGGGAGUAUUACAGGAAAGGGAUUGGCUCUCGCUUGGUUGAUAUGUAUAAACAAGCAUAUGACGAAGUUAAAAUCCCACAAUAUGUUGACAAUGUCACUCCUCAAUACAAACCCAAGUUUGAUGCUCUGUUGGUUGAGCUGAAAGAAGCUGAGCAGAAGUCGCUGAAGGAGUCGGAAAGACUGGAAAAGGAAAUUGUUGAUGUCCAAGAUCUGAAGAGGAAACUGAGUACAAUGACCGCGGAUGAAUACUUUGCAAAGCAUCCCGAACUGAAGAAGAAAUUCGAUGAUGAAAUCCGAAAUGAUUAUUGGGGCUACUAG